AUGGACUACGCUUCCCAACCCUUUAAUGUCGUCGCUACUAACGUUCACGUAGAUACUACUUCGGAGGCAUCGCACGUUCCUCAUGUAUCUGCGCCCGCUUCUGCCUCCACCUCGGUGGUGGUGGCUGGGGACUCCCAAUAUUCGACUGCCACCAACUCCACUACUGCUAACCUCAGUGCCAGUCUCUUCGAGUCCCCGUCCAACCUCCUCCAGCAGCUGCGCACUAAAUCCAUGCCGGAAAUGAGCUCUGUGCUAAGACUUGACCCCUUCGUACUUCUGGACAGGGACGACCAGGCUGCAGCGGAAGUGCAGAAGGUAUGUCCAAACCCGCAGGGCUAUCACGUAUGCUUGUACUGCCAUCGCACGUUCUCCAGCGCCUCGCUCUACGCCAACCACAUAAACAGGCCAGUGGCGCGGGUGAUUUACCGUUGCCAUCUCUGCUCUACGCAGCUGGACACUGGGCCUACGCCCACCGUAGUGUCGCAGCAGACUUCAUCCCCCCCCUCCUCCCUCACCAUCUCCACCAGCACCACCGUUGCCAGCUCUAGCAAUCCCGUCUCGAUGAUGUCGGCAUCGUCGACACUGCCCUCGCCAUGUAACCUGUUGGCCCCAAACCUCUGCGCCCUCUAUGUGCAUAUGGCUCAGUGCCACGCCAACGAGCCUGUUACGGCAUGGCGACUCGUUCCCUCGCGUCUCACCAUCACUGCUAUUCCCUGGCUCGUCAGUGGAGCCAAAGUCGAGGGAGCCAACGGAGCCUCGCGAUCCACUCCUAUUCAACCACCGCUGCCGCCUUCGCUACCUCCCACCACCUACGUAGAGGGACAGGAGCUUAUUGACCUCGGCAACGAUCUGGAUCGACGUUUGACGAAUCUACUUCGAGCUGGGGAGUUCCGGUUUUCUUCCGCGAGAGUAGGCGGCAUUGCAGAGGAAGGCACAUUUCUUCGCGCGCCUGACGUCCGGUCGAUGACCUCCAUUUCAACGCGAUUUGUCCCCACGCCAUUGCAGCCCACCGGUCUCUCGGUUGAUGGCCUCCCCCGUUCUCUUGCCUCGCCCAUCAGCCACCUCCUGUUUCGUCUGGCCGAAGCCUCUAUCUGGCACGGAUACUUCUUCCUCGCCGGGUGGUAUCCAUCAUUUACUGGCAUCAGUAUUCAAGAGACCAGUUUGCCACUGCCAUGCGCAGCCAGCGUGAAACAGAUCGAGCAGGCUUACAACGCCCUAUUGAGGGAUUCACAAACUGGCGCUCGAGGCUGCAGUAGGGAAGGAGGCGGGAGAGGGGUGUUGCGUUGCUUGCUUUGCGGCGAGUUUUGCACCAAUACUGGUGCCAACUUGAGGACACACCUCAACGGUCGCGUGAGUGGUGCCGACGUCUCCCUCGCAAAAUGCGCGCUCUGCGCCCUCUCGGUGGUCCACAAUCGCAAGGAUAUGGUACUGUGCUCCAUUAAGGCGCACCUCCUCUUCCAUUUGGACAUUUUCCUCAUGUGUCCGCAAUGUGGAUUUACUCCACCCCCGGAUUUGACCCCUUCCCUGGCCGAGAUUUGUUUGCGCCUGCACUUGCGGUUCGUCUGCUUCCACUUCAACCUGGUCAAGGUGUUACUUUGUUCGAGGGCAUCCUGCAGGGAGCGGAUCUUUCUUACCAUGGAGAGCUUCGUGCAACACUGGUUUGAGGUACACACUGCGCGCAAGUAUGCCUGUCAACUCUGCGGCAGUCUUGGUCACCAGAGGAAGAUAGAGGUCGAUGCCGCUGAUGACGCUGUGGUUCGCCUGAACGGCCUGAUCUACGAUUUUUCCGACCUCGCCUCGGUGUGCAUACACUUACAGGAGCGUCAUUCACUAUCCGCCACUUCUGCACCCACUUUUUCUCAGGUUGCCUACAAGUGUUCUGAGUGCACUUUUGUCUCCUCCGUCCCUGUCGAAUUUGCCGAUCAUUUCUCGUCGGCUCAUUGCCGGCUGGGUGAGGUGAGCACCAUCACUGCUGCCGCUGGCGCCGCAGCUCCACAGAGUCGGCAGUCACCGUGCGAGGCUCAGUGCUUCUACCGCUGUUUUGGUGACUGCAGUCAGUUCUUACAUGACAUUGGGGAACUGCGAACUCACAUGCGCACCUGCUCCUUCGCCAUAAGCACACUCAAGCGCGCCUUCGGGGAGCAAUUUCUCAACAGUACACAGGCCGCCUCUGGUUCUGUCUCUGCGUCUGCUGCUGUCACGGGCGAGGGGAAGGGCAACCCGCUCUGCUUAUGCCUAUACUGCGACAUCAGUAGGCGCAAAACCGACCCCUUCGUUAGCGGAAACGAUGAGGGCGAAGCUAAUUCUUCCCUCGCGUCGAGGGCGUUCGACGACCUCCGGCGCCUUCACGCCCACGAACACAUCGUUCACGUGACUGGAGGCGCUGCUGCCGUCGCAGUCAGCGGCCAGGUGGGUUGUCCGUGGUGCGGUGAAAAGUUGACUUUGAUGCCAACCCCUGCCCCAGCCUCUAUCAUCACCCCUUCUGCGGCUCCAUCCAACCACACUGAAGACCUCAUCAACCACCUUCGCGGACACGCUACUGCUAAUCCGUGA